AUGGGGUUGCCAGGACUGAAAGCAUACCCCGGCUCCUGUACCAUUUCCUGGGUAGACAUCCCAGGAGCCCACGUUAAUCUGGGAAUCUCUGACCGCAAAAGGAAAAAAAAAGGGUGGGUGGGUGGGUGGGUGGGGGGAUCCCGAAGUAGCAGAGCGAGGGAGGAGGUGGAGAAAGGCGGGGAGGAGGAGCCCAGCGAACCAGAGUCAGAGGGACUGGUGGCUCCAGCGAGUGUGCAGCCCCGGGGGGAGCCGGCGCUCCAGGCUGGGAACCCGUCAGCCCGCCCACCCGCCCGCGUCUUCGGCGCCCGCCAGCUCGCCGGCCCGCGCCCCGGGGCCUUCUGUACCCGGAGCUGGGGCCGCCGCUCAGGGGCGCUCGGGCCAGGGAGCGCCGCUCGGGGCAAACCAGCCGUGCCGCCAGGCUGGUCCCCGGCGCCCGCGCCCGGGAUGCCUUUCUACAGGCGCACGGUGGUGCCCCAGCGCCUGUGCCCGCGCAACCCGCCACAGCCGCUGACCGAGCUCCGCGACGUGAGCCACCUGGCUGCACUCAGCCUGCUCCGGCAGCUCGCUGACCUCUGUGGCCACUCGCUGGCUCUGCUCGAGGACCUCGAGGGGCACCUGCUGGCCCUGGGGCGCCGCACCGACAGCCUGUUCCGCCGCACCGUGCGCCUCCGCCGCCGCCUUCCCUGCCGCCUGCUCGGCCCGGAGGACGACGAUGAAGAGCUAGGUGCCUCCCAUUGGUCAAACCUAACCAGAAGCCAGAGGGCGAGGGAACCUGUCGAUGCAGCCUGCACAGAAGAGUAUGAGGAACAGUACUCAGAGGCCAGACUCCUGGGGCAGACCUUCCGCUCUGCUGAUGAGGCCCCCGAGCCCACCCCCAGCCCAAGGCCCCAGUCUGCCAGGCGUCUGGAGUUUGUACUGAUGCCUACAAAAUGGCAGCUGAACGAGGAUGAGACCACCACGCAGGGUGUGAGGGCCCCUGAGGCCUCCCUGAGGCCGACUACGGACAAGCAAGCUGCCUGGAAUAGCCCCUUCCCUCUGCCUGUCCUAGAGGAGAAGCGGUGGCUUCAGCCUUGCCCCAUGCACUCUGACAUCGUGCCCAUCAACGUCUCUGGGCAGCAGUUUGAUAAACACGCAAGUUUGCGACAGUCGUUGUUUAACACAGAGACAGCCGUGAACCCCAAGUCCACCCUGAGGCGGAGGCGGACCAUUAUUGGAUUCUCUAACUAUUCCCAGCGAGACCAAGGUCACAGCAACAGCCCAGCAGGCAGUGUGGCCUGCUCCUCCACCUCGGACAUCAGGCCCAGUCAUUCAGUUCCAGAGGGUGUUCAUGGAAGAGUUGCAGUUGGACAGGAAACUCGGUUCCCACAUCUCACCUCGCCAGUACUGAGAAAUCCUUCUAGUGACCCAGAAGAACUUCUCCAGUCUCGUGGUGGCACAAAACCCCCCGGCAUGGAGGGCAUGGGGAUGGUGUACAGCGUCCCCAGUUCUUGCAAUGGACCAACGGGAUCGACGUUCUCCACUUCCUGGAAGGGAGAUGCUUUUACCUACAUGACUCCAAGUGCCGCCGCUCAGAGCAGUCAAGUCAGUGAGAAUGGAAAAAGUCCUUCCUCUGGGAAUUCUUGGGCCUCUCUGCACACACUGCCACCUCUGAUUCCGAAGGAGGCUGCUACCCUCUUUGUCACUCGAGAUACCCCGGCAGGAUGCAGUGGGUCUGCUGGCUACUCUGAGCAUCCUACUCAACGAAGGCAGGUAUCAGAACGACCCUCCAAGGUCAGCCUUCUGACGGGUGGUACCUCGAAGCUGGAGACAGGCCCAGGUGGGGCCAGCAGGUUCCGGGAGCGGUCACUGUCUGUGCCCACAGACGCAGGCACCACAGACAUGGACUAUGAGGAAGAACAGAAGGUCAGUGAAGCAUGUGCCCUGCCUUAUGCCAGUACAGGUUCGGAGGGCAGUAACAGUGCGGACAACAUUACCUUCCUCAGUGUCCAACAGGAGGCCCAGCACAGGAGGCAGAGGUCCAAGAGCAUCUCACUCAAGAAGGCCAAAAAGAAGCCUUCCCCUCCGACUCGCAGUGUCUCAUUGGUCAAAGAUGAGCCAGUCCUCUUGCCGGAAGGUGGGUCAGCACUACCCAAGGACCAGAGGCCCAGGAGCCUCUGCCUCUCCUUGGAACACCAAGGACAUCACGCAUCCCACCCCAAUGCUCAGGGUCACCCAGCUGUGCCAACCUUCAAAGACCCAGAAGGUGCACAAUUCGCUCACCACUGGUAUCUCACUGACUGGAAGUCUGGGGACACCUACCAAUCCUUGUCUAGCUCCAGCACUGCCACUGGCACCACGGUCAUUGAAUGCACCCAGGUGCAGGGCAGCUCCGAGUCUCUGGCCUCCCCUUCCACCUCCAGGGCCACGACACCUUCCCAACUUUCCAUUGAGGUGGAGGCCAGAGAGGUGUCUUCCCCAGGAAGGCCUGCUGGGCUGAUGUCACCCUCCAGUGGGUAUUCCAGUCAGUCGGAGACACCCACACCUACUGUCUCCAUGUCCUUGACCCUGGGCCACCUGCCCCCUCCAAGCGGCAGUGGCCGGGUGCGUCCAUUGGUACCUGAGAGGAAGUCAUCGCUGCCCCCGACCUCACCAAUGGAGAAAAUGUCCAAGUCACGGCUCUCUUUUGACCUACCCUUGACCUCUUCGACCAACCUGGAUCUGUCAGGGAUGAGCAUCUCUAUCCGAAGCAAAACCAAGGUCAGCCGGCAUCACUCAGAUACAAAUUUUGGGGCCAAGCUGGCCCAGAAAACUAGCUCAAACCAGCCAAUCAUGCCCAUGGUUACACAGUCUGACUUACGUUCUGUUCGUCUGAGGUCCAUCAGCAAGUCUGAGCCGGAAGAUGACAUCGAGAGCCCUGACUAUGCUGAGGAGUCAGGAGCAGAAGUCUUGACCUUGCCAGAGAGAAAGAUGAAACCUCCCAUAGCCGAGAAGCCCCCACUGGCCCGAAGGCCGCCAAGCUUGGUCUACAAGCCACCGUCUGUCCCCGAGGAGUACCCACUAACUUCACCUACCUUGGCUUUGACCCCCAAAAUCUCAAUUCAGCACAUGAGGCCACUCCCUCAAGACAUCUACACGGUGGUGCGGAAACCAAAGUCCUCCAGCUGCCCUGAGGGCAGAAGCCCAGGGGAGUCGACAGCACCCUCAUCUCUUGUUUUCAUGCCUUUUGCCAGUUCCUCUGGUGCUUUCUUCUCAGGAACACAACAACCUCCCCAGGGAAGUCUGGAGGAGGAGGGCCCCAAGGGGAGAGCCUUGCCUGAAAGAAUCAGCCUCCAGAGCCAAGAGGAAGUUGAGAAAAAGAAAGGCAAGAUCCCACCUCCCGUCCCAAAAAAGCCCAGCGUGCUGUUCCUGCCUCUCACCUCACCCACAGCUCAAAUGGAGGCCUACUCGGCUGAACCAAGGCUGCCUCUCAGCCCCAUCAUCACCCUGGAGGAAGACUCCAAGGGUCUCCCAACCGGUGACCACCUGCAAUCGGCUGGUACAAGGACAAUUUCCCUGCCGCAGGCUGACAGUGAAAGGGAGGCAAGCCCUCUGGGGAGUUCGGGAGAACCAAGCACCGAAGAAAAGAGUGUAAUCAGUGAUAAAACAGCCGAAUGGAUUGUGGAAGAUGAUGAUGAUGUGUUUGUGGGUUCACGCACAACUGAAGAUUUAUUUACUGUGAUACACAGGUCCAAAAGAAAGCUGCUUGGCUGGAAGGAGCCGGGUGAGGCCUUUGCCAGCAGCAGCAGACCGAGCUCCCAUUCACCAAUAAGGAACACGGCUGAGUCUCCCACCAGUGAGUCGGCUGCCCCUGCAGGGUCAAGUGGUGGUGCCAACCUAGAUGCUGGCAGAAACGAUGAUUUCAAGGCCUUGCUGCAGAAGAAGGGAAGCAAGGCAACUCCAAGGUCCCGCCCCUCAGCAGCCGAACUGCUGAAGACCACUAACCCGUUGGCUCGGCGAAUUAUUGCACAGUUCUCAAAAGACUAUGAAACCACCGAUAACCCCGGUACCUAAGCCCUGGGUUCAGCAAGCAGGGUUUAGCUACUAAACUUGAGUAGAGAGGGGGAUAGAGGAAAAGGGUUUUUGAAAAGGAACCAUGGGGAUAACAAAAGAGCCUACAUUUCUUUGACAUUAAUUCAUACUCUGGACAUCAGGAGAGAGGCCACACCUAGAACUAAAAUCAUCAGGCACUUUAAUCAUCUUCAGACAUCUUAUGUUUUUGAACUCACUAUCUUGUCAUUACUGACUCCCGAUUUUCUCCUUCUUCCCCUCCAGUGGUAUGCACCAAGAAAAAACUCUCAGAUGCAGGGGCACAUGUGCCAUUUUUUCAGUUAGAGACCAGGCUGCUCCAUUCCUGGCUCCUGUCACAGAGGGGCUCGGUGAGAGAGCAGAUUGGGGGCUGCCAAACCCAGGGGACACAGGGUGCCAUUGCUGAUUAUUCACUUUCCCAGAGAGGCCUUGAUGGCCCUGCGUGGAGAAACAGAAGGACUCGGAUGCCUCUUCAAGUUUAACAGUUUAACUCUCCUCCGCGAGCGGUUUGCAGGUGUGCACUUAUUUCGGCAUGGGGUUGAUUGGAUGGCUUUGUCAUGCAAAAAUAUGAAUGUGACUCUAUCCUGAACUUCAUGCCUUUUUCAGUGUGAUUGUCUACACGGAGAUCAGGGUGAUGAGUUUCAGUAAAUAUAUAGGAACCCCCCCACACUCCCCACCCCUUUGCUAGAAAAGGCCAAGAUUGGGUUGCUUUGGAUGAACCUAGCUCAGCCAACAAAUGAGGCAGCCAUUUGUUCACUCAGAUCUAUCCAAGGUAACUGGCAUGUGUGCUUUGAGAUCCUUCAAGUGUCUGCCAACAAUGAUAGCUAGUAUGUGCCCAGCUCAUGCUGCAUUCAAAGAAGUCUCUUGUCAUUUGCAUAUAGUGUUCAUUUUAGGAAGUCAUUAGCUGAAAGAAUCACACCAUCAAAGGCUCUAGGAGGAGAGAAAUUAAGUGUAAUUUGCCCACCACCAUUCGCUUCAGAUUGUGGUUUGUGGUUGGUUUGGUUUGGUUUAAAGGAAAUCUUACUCUGGUCCCCACCCAAGAACAUAUAGACUGAAAGGAUAGAUCCAGAAUCUAAAAGGCAGCCUUGCAAGUUGCUAUGGCUCAUAAUUCCCCCAAAGGGCUACUUUUUGCCAUUUAAGUUCUGCUGUUUGACCAAUUUUCCAUUAACCGUGCUGGGGGAGCAGGUAAGAACUGGGGUAAGUGGGAUGCUGGCAGAACCCCAGAACAAUCAUUGCGACCCAUUCUCCCUACCCCCUGCCAAAGCUUAUAGGCACUAACUAUUCUUGUCAGUUCCAUUUUCUAAGCAAAGCAAGAGCCAUGAUUCAUUUGAUUUUCAUAGGUCUGGUUCCUGGGAACUUGGGGGCGGUUGUCUGGGGACAGACAGCAUUGAACAAAGAAAACUGGCCGACCAAUAAUGGAGGAUUAAUUGUCCACCAUUCCCAAGAGAGAAAAAGGAAAGUCAAAUGAAAUCGUAGCCUGCUUUGCAAAGAGGGUUCCCUGAACCCUUCCUUCUUCACCUCCCACCCAGCAGUCAUUGGUCGACCUCCUGGAGGAUGUGGAAACUGCCCCAGAGACAAGCAGAUCUCGAUUUUGAUAGGUCUCAGUGGGAAGCAAGUUCUUAGCCCAACUGCCUACACAGUAGACAGAGCAGCUGGAAAACCACAUUGAGUGCUAAGGGAACUUGGGCCUCUCAUGUAGAAGCCCUGGGCCUGGACCCUUUGUUGGUACAUUUCUGAAUUCUUAGACUUCUGAGUACAGGCCAGGCCCAGCAACUCCCUCACCAUCAGCACCUCCCUCUGAUUUAGAUGGAAGCCACUUCAAAUAAUAGACAGUUGUGGAAAGUCCAGUUGCUUUUGAAAGCAUUUCAACUAUUUGGUUCCAAGGUCCUGACCAAAUUUCAGGGGGUGGGGGUUGCCUAUAUAAAAUAGAUUCAUUCCCAGUCUUAAUUUAUAGAUGCUUGCUUGCCACACUUGUCUGUCCCAGACUCAGAAUUCCAAAAGGCAGAAAUCUUUUCCUCUGUGGGGAAAGAUGUGUUUGUGCUUUUUGCCUAACAAAAGUGAGAGGCUGCCAGGGCCCGCUCCUGGGGAACUGUUACAAACUGCUAAGCUUGAAAGCCCAGUAGGAGACUCACAUCGUAUAGGACUUGUUACUUCUGCUGACUCUUCUGGGAGCUUCUUGUUCACCACUUGUAGUGGUUUUGCCUCUCCCCACAUCUCGCCAUCUCUGGUGGUUUUCCACAAAGAUUCUAAAGUUGAAUACCCAGACACCUUGACAUUUUUCAGUUGUCUUGAGUCUUGCUUUCCUCUGCAACGCUUUGUGUGCCUGGAAUUUUUAGGUCUUCUGCAUCCUCACUAUGGCCCUCCAGUGCCCAGUGGUGUUCCCAUUAGCACAAGAGGAAUCAGGGUGCGGUCAGAGAUAACAUUGGGGACCAGAAAUAUUCCCUUAAGAGUUUGCAACAGGUGGACCUAGUCCCAAACAAACAACCAAAUUGUAGAAUUUCUACCCAUCUUUUUUUUUUUUUGUCUUUU